AUGCUGCUCCGCCGCCUCCUCCACCCCUCCCACCACCUCCGCCGCGGCCUCCAAACCCUAACCACGACCACCAACGCCGUCGCCGCCGCCCCCUCCUCCUCCUCCGCCCCUCUCCCAUUCCGCCGUCUCCCCGCCCGCUUCCCCUCUCCGCGGUUCCUCUCCACCUCCGGCGGCGGCGGCGACGACGACACCAGGAAUCCGUGGGCCUUCACGGCGGAAUCCAGCGACCCGGACCCCUUCGCCGAUGUGGAUCCCGUCGCCGCAGCCCCCGGCGAAGCGCCAGUAGGAUCGAGCGCUGUUGCCGAGGACACGUGGGCCAAGGACUUCGGCGCGGAGGACGGCGAGAAGGGCGGCGACGUGUUCGAGGAGAUCUUCAAGGACGCGGCCGCAGCAACGCCGGCCGCCAGGAAUGCGGCCCCGGCCGAGGAUACCGAGCCGUGGACGAUCGAUUUGGAGGAUGAGAAGGACGAUCCGUUCGCCGCGGCCGUGAUGGAUGACGAGGUUGCCGGGAUCGGAGGCGAGGCUGCUGAGAUCGAGGAGCUUGUUGCUGGGAAGGACGAAGAUGCGGAGCGUCAGCGGGAGGAGAACAGGGCGAGGGAGCAGCAGCUGAUGGAGACCCUCAAAGGCCCGGAUCGUGCAUUUGGGGAUCUCGUUUCCGCCUCUGGGAUUACGGAGGAUAUGAUUGACAGUUUGAUCCUCUUGAAGGAUGCCAGAGGAGUACCUGGAUUGCCUCCCCUAAGCGAAAUACAAGAUAGAGCUAUCCAGAAAAUGAACGCGACUUCAAGCAGAGCUGAAGUAGAACGCCAAUUGCAAGAGGAGAUAGCUAAGGCACGUGUAAGACAAGUUGAUGAGCAAGGAAGGGCUUAUGGAACAGGUAAAAGGAAGUGCAGCAUUGCUCGUGUUUGGAUUCAGCCUGGUGAUGGCAAGUUCGUUGUCAAUGAGAAGCAGUUUGAUGCUUACUUCCCGAUUUUGGACCACCGAGCUGAUCUUCUACGACCAUUUACCGUGACCAAGACUUUGGGGCUUUGGGACGUAGCUUGUACUGUGAAAGGUGGUGGUGUCUCAGGGCAAGUUGGAGCUGUGCGUCUAGGGAUCAGCAGGGCUUUGCAGAAUUGGGAGCCAGGACUGCGUCCAUAUCUCAAAUCAGCUGGAUAUUUAACCAGAGAUUCGCGCGUGGUUGAAAGGAAGAAGCCCGGAAAGGCUAAGGCAAGAAAGAGCUUCCAAUGGGUCAAGCGGUAACAGGUCUAUGUGCAAAAUUACCUUGCUUCUGGUGGCAGGUCCUCUCCCAUUUGUUGUGGAUUCUCUAGUCAGCAGAGAUCUUGUAUUUGCACUGGAUGUGCUGUCAUUUCGGUGGAAGGCCCUCCGGAGCUUUGUACUCGGAUAUUGCAGUCUGUGCCGAUCAUCGAGUUCCUGGAGACACCAGCUGCUACGAUUUUUUGUAUGUUGAUACAGCAAACACAUCCUGAGAAAUACCAUUUGACUAAAUCUAGAUGCAGAAGAGCUGCUGCCGGCCAAUAAAACAGACCGGGCCUCGGAUUGAUGUCAAUGUUCAGCUCACAUUGUUUUCUCCCCUUUCAGUUUCGUAGGUUUGCACGGCUGUAUGUCAACUGACUCGACCCAUUUUAUG